CCCAACUAUCCGGAUUGUCCCUAUAAAAUUGGGACAUCUGGUCACUCUAGACUCCAGCUGUCUGUCACUGGGAAGCUCCACCCGCUGCACGUUGUAUUUCACGGAGUGGGGGGGCGCUUUGUUUGUUAGCAUCUGCUUGGAGAACUUAUCGGUGUUGGGGGAGGGAGGGCAGAGGAAAAAGAAAAGGCUGGAAGUCUCUUGCUCACCCCUUGAGAUAAUGCCCCCUCUUGGCUGCAGAGGAAGGGAGUUGAAGUGUUCACGUUUUCCUGGAGGGUGUGGCAGUGCGGAUCUCCUCGUCAAGCACAGUGAGGGCAAUUCAGAAUCAGUUCAGACCCGGAGGAAUGCAGGCUUCUUGUCUGAGCCCCUUAUAGGGAAUGGGGCCUGGGCCUGAAACUGUGAACUCUCCUAACCUGGCGGGCAGACUUGCGUUUCUAGUUCAGCAGCGUCUCUCUUACCUACAUUUCUGUGUUCCAGGUGCCCCAGAGCAGUUUCCACUGCCAAUAGUUAGAGGGUGGCAGCCCAGUUACUGGGCAGGCAAAGGAUGAAAUUCCUGGAUGCAGCUCUGGUGUUAAUCACUAACCUCUUUCCAGUUAACGCCUGAUUUCAGAUUCCCCUUUUUCUCAGAAGCCUUUCUCUUCAGCCUGGGUCUCUCGCCAAGGGAUUGGUGUCUGAGGAAAUGACAGCAACAGCAGGAGGUUGAAGUCAACAGCAGGAGGACUGCUAAAUCCUUAUGCUGUCUGUAUUCUCCUUGGGACAAAGGCUCUGCCCCUUCCUGCUGGGUGUAAUGCUGUGUCCCUGGUCUCUCUCAGCUGGGGUGCUCACUUUAGGAAGCAUUAUCCUGCUGGAGGAUGGCUAUGGGUGGAGUUGUUCCACUGGACCAGUAAGACCUGAGAUACCAUAUUCUGGGUUUUGUGUGUGUUUGUCUGUUUCUGAUGGAAUGAAAGAGAGCAUUUGACAGCAUCCAGGUGGAACAUGCCUCAACAGGACCACUCCGACACCCUUUUACUCCCUGAGCUUCCUCACCUUGCUAGUGCACAGAACAUGCUUUGAAAUGCUGACUUUCUCUAAGUGCCCCUUUAAUCAAGUGGUAGUCUCCAUUCAUGGGCCAUGGAUCCGAAGAAUGCUAAGCACAGGAUGAAGCUGCCUUUUACCCCUGGCCAGAAUGAUAAGGUCCCAAGUUUUGACCCUGUAGUUCGAGAUGAAGAAGGUGUCUAUGGCAUUUUCUGCGCGAGGUGCAAUGCAUCUAGUCCCGAAGUAGAGCUUAACUAUGCAUUAAUAGCAGAUGAGUGUCCACCUGCCUCAGAAGAACUUUUCCCUGAACGAACAAUAAAAAUCAAACCCAUUAGAGUCUUGAAGCAUCGUCUGAGCGCUAUCAUCUUCACUGAGGAUUGCGUCUGGUGCAGAGGGAGCAUUGUUAUUGGGAAUGAACUUCCCAGCAAUGCUAACAUAUUCAUCUUUAAUGGCCCUGCUCAACUGAAAUGCAGACCUGAAGGUGAAUGGGAGGGAAGAGAUGAUCCAUCCUGGCAGGCUGAACACCACAGAUCAGAAAUGAAGAGAGACCAAUGCAUUCUGCCAUGUGAGAGCAAUGGAGCUGAAAAGUGCAUACAUUCUCGUAACCACCCAGACCUCGAUGAAGUGGAGACAGGGCCCUGCUGUGUGAGCCAGCUGCUCCACUACAGUUCUCCCCUUUAUCCUAAUCUCGUGCUUACACUUGUUCCACUUUGGGGGUUGCUGUGGGGAAGAGGCAUUUCUGCUCCAGCAUGGUGUUUCACAUUACUGGAGAAUAAAAGGGACACAGAAGUUGAGGCCAAGAAAGCUUGUGACUGGCUGCGUGCAGCAGGAUUUCCUCAGUAUGCACAGCUUUAUGAAGACUCGCUGUUCCCUAUUGACAUCGUAUCUGUGAAGAAAGACCACAGCUUUCUGGACCAGGAUUCCCUCAAAUCCCUUUGCAGGAGGCUGAUGACACUGAACGCAUGUGCCUCUAUGAAGCUGGAAGUCCACUUUCAGCGUAAACAGAAUGAAGACUCAGAGGAAGAAGAUCUUUGUGCCAUCAGCGACCGAUGGGCCUUCCAGAGGGACAGCAAAAGGUGGUCCAGAAUUGGCUCUGUUGACUUUCUCUCCCACAAUCCAGAGGUGCUGAACUCCACCAUGCGGCAGACAUCCAGCCGUGAGAGCAUCCUUAUGGACCCCAGUGCCAAUCUGGAAGUCACUUCACUCCACAGCAAUACCAGCACAGGUAGCACUGGAGGCACAGUUGGCAUUGUGGCCAUCCUGCCUGACGUGGCACCCAGCCAGGACUUUCCAAACAUCACCAAAUCCAACCAAAGCUUGAGUGACCACUCUGUGACAAACCAAUCCCCAAAUCAGAGUGGGAGUUCUAAGGACAAGUCCAAGAAGCGGAGGUCCCGCAGCUUUCUUAAAAGGAUAGAGUCUUUCCGAAGGAAGGACAAAGAGAAAUCUGACUCUAAAGUGAAGGAUGCCACUAGUGGCGGGACAGUGACCAAACCAGGAUGGGACUCUGCGAAGAGCAAUGGGGAUCUUACUGCUGCCACGACCACCUCCCCCAAAAGAGGAAUGUCCUCCUCUUUCCAUGGCAACAAACACUUUCUCUCAGUGGGAUAUAGGACUAAUCGCAUGUCAAACUUGGAUGAGAGGAAGCCGGGCUCUGAACUGAGACGUGGUGCAGUCUAUCUGGAGGACUAUGAAACGGCCCUGAAAAAUAGCACCAGCUGGGCUUCUGGAGAACAGCACCAGCGGCAUGUGUACAAGGGCGACUGCCUGAUCCACCUCCCCGGGGACCACAAGCCGGGGACUUUCCCCAAAUCUCUCUCCAUCGAAAGCUUGUGUCCUCUCGAUGGCAGCCCUUUGGCCCACUGGAAACCUGGGAACAAAGCAGUGGGGCUUUCAGGGUGUGGAGUGGGUGGCAGCAGCAGCAGCAUGGAUGACACCUCGCCACGGGGCUUUGCGUGCCGGCAGAGGCGGGGCUCGUGCAGCUCCAUGGGCAGCCGGGCGAGCGUGUAUGACAACGUGCCUGAGUUUGGCAGCAGCGAAGAUUUCUUCAGCAUGGAUGGGGAGGUGAGCUACAAAAACCUGGAUGACAUCUUGCAGGAUGUCUGGGGGCUGCAGCGAAAGGUAGAGCUCUGGUCUAAGGCGCUCAGCCCCGACCUGGAUGAGGGGGCAGAGGGGGAAGGAGAGGAGGAGAUGGACUCAGGAGAGGAGCCCACCUUCCCCUCCAACCUGAACUUCGAAGAGCAGUCCAUGUCCGAUGUGGGCACCUCUGCCAGCGACUUCGACAGCACGGGCAACUCCUUGAAUGAAGCGGAGGAGAUCGAGAUGAGAGAGCGCAGGGAUUCAGGUGUGGGAGCAUCCCUCACCAGACCUUGCAGGAAGCUACGCUGGCACAGUUUCCAGAACUCCCAUCGUCCCAGCUUGAACUCUGCCUCCUUGGAGAUCAACCACCAGUCCUCCGCUCAGCUCAACCUGCUGCAGAAGUGCUCGCUGCUUCGCCUCACUGCCAUCAUGGAGAAGCACUCUGUGCCACACAAGCAGGCCUGGGCGUGGACUGUCCCCAAGUUCAUGAAGAGGAGCAAAGCCCCUGAUUACAGGGACAAAAUGGUCUUUGGGGUCCCGCCAAUCAUUAACGUGCAGAGGACAGGGCAGCCUCUGCCGCAGAGCAUCCAGCAGGCCAUGCGCCACAUCCGCAGCCAGUGCCUGGACCAGAUUGGCAUUUUCCGGAAGUCAGGAGUGAAGUCUCGGAUCCAGGUGCUGAGACACAUGAACGAAGCCUCCCCCGACAACGUGAACUAUGAAGGGCAGUCGGCCUACGAUGUGGCUGACCUGCUGAAACAGUAUUUCCGUGAUCUGCCAGAGCCCAUCUUUACCAGCAAGCUCACCGACACCUUCCUGCAGAUCUAUCAAUUUGUCCCAAAAGAGCAGAGGCUGCAAGCUGUCCAGGCAGCCAUCAUCCUGAUGCCAGAUGAGAACCGGGAAGUGCUGCAGACGUUAUUGUACUUCCUGAGUGACAUUGCCUCAGCUGAGGAGAACCAGAUGACAUCUGGGAACCUGGCGGUGUGUCUGGCCCCAUCCAUUUUCCACCUCAACGUGUCCAAGAAGGAGAGCACCUCACCCAGGAUGAUUCAGAAGAGAGGCACCAUGGGAAAGCCUGACCAGAAGGACCUGAAUGAAAACAUGGCCGCCACCCAGGGACUCUCCCAUAUGAUCACAGACUGUAAGAAGCUGUUCCAGAUACCCCACGACAUGAUGCUUCAGCUGGGCAACUCCUACGUGGCAGCAGACGCCCACCCACUCUCGCUGGCUGAGCUAAUGAGCCACAGCUUGCAAGGGGAGGGCAAGGAUUUCCAGACUUACUUGGAAGAUAACGUGCAGAACCUGCUCAAAGAGUCCUCAGAGAAGUUCAAAGGGUGGCUCAGCACCACAGGGCCCCAGAACACAGAGCUCUCUUGCAAAAAGGUUGGUGACGGACAUCCGCUGCGCUUGUGGAAGGUCUGCACAGAGAUGGAGGCCCCUCCCUACAUGGUGCUGCAGAGGGUACUCCGGGAGCGUCACCUCUGGGAUGAGGACCUGCUGCAAGGCGAAGUGAUACAGGCCCUGGACGAGAGCAUGGAGGUUUAUCACUACGUCACUGACAGCAUGGCGCCCCAUCCCCGCAGGGACUUCAUCAUUCUCAGGAAGUGGCGCAUGGACCUACCGCGAGGGGCUUGCCUGCUGGUCUCCAUGUCACUGGAACACGAAAAGCUGCAGGUGGAAGGAGCGGUCAGGGCCGUGGUGUUAACAUCUCAGUAUCUGAUUGAACCGUGUGGGAUGGGUCGGUCCAAAGUGACCCACGUCUGCAGAGCUGAUCUCCGGGGCCGGUCUCCCGAGUGGUACAGCAAGGUCUUUGGACAACUUUGUGCCAUGGAGCUGGCAAGGAUACGAGAUUCUUUCCCAGUGCUUAACCCAGUUGGCCCUGAGACAAAGAUUUGAGGAGAUUGGAAGAUGCUCGCUCCUGUUUGAUCAUGAACCUCCCAGACAACGUGGGGUGGAGCAUGGAGAGGGAACCUGGCCAUCAGCAGGCUGUUGGCAUCAGGUUGGGCAGGGGCAGUGCCUUUCCAGGCACAUGAGCAUGAGCUUUCCUUUGAACCAACCACCAACCCUGAAGGGAGCCAGUAGUUUUUUCCAUCUCUGUGUGAUCCCUUUCCUCUUACACACCAGGGACCUUCAGAGCUGUGCCCAGUGGCACGCCCUUAUGGGCACCAGGGGCAAACGGAAGCCUUCAUGUCCUGCUUCCAGAAUGCCCGUUGCUGGUUGAAAGGCAGCGAGAAUCUCCUCCCUAAAGCUAUGAAGAGCAGCUUUGCAGAAACGAACCAGUGUGCUACUUGUGGGAUGGCUCUCUCCAGCAAUCGUCUGCCCGCCAUGUGGAGAGUGGGGCUGGGAGUCCAUACAGCAGGCUGAGCCGUGAAGCAGCUGGACCAGAGUCAGACUCAUUAACUCCCUUUGCCAAGCUGACCAUGGGCUCACCCUUUCAGCCCAGGGACUGGACUCAGCGACAAGAGCGAUGGUGCUUGAAGUGACCAAGGAUGAUGCUGAUGUGUAGGAGAAGUGACAGAGGGUGGAGCUAGUGCAGCGUCUGUAUGACGGCGUGUGGUAUCAGGAGGUGCGUCUGCUGGGGGUGUUGCAGUGUGUGUGAACUGUAGCUAGCAGCACAGCACACACACAAUAAUAGUCUGAGGAGCUGGUUAAUGUCAGAUGGAUGCUGCUGUUACUUUGGUUUAUAGUUAAUGACUGCCAUGUUUUGAAUGGCAAAAAGGAAGCUAUUUUACUCUGGGUGCUGAAUUUCACUGGGGAAGGAACUCCAGGUCAGUGCUUUCUACUUGAUCAGACACAGGGAACUCUAGCACCCCUGUUUUUAGCACAGGGCCGUGUGGUCCGAUGAAUGAGGGUGCAAAUGCUUUGCCACCCAGGGGCCCAGUCCUAAUCCCCAUUGAAGCCAGUGGGAGCCUAGCCAUUAAUUUUCAUGAAUUGGAUCAGAUCCAAGUUUGAUGAGUCCAAAUUCCAAAGCAUUCACCCUUGUCCUUGUAUCUGUGUGUCAGCUGUACAUGGGGAGUUGCCAUUACAAGACGAGGAGUGAGACCAAAAUUGCACAGUGCAUCUCCCUGAUCCCCCUUUGUCCGGGUUUAGUAAUCAAGGUACUCCCAGGGUCAGAGUUCCAUUUGCCUUUGGGGAGGGAGAUGAAGAAUAACACUCCAUUACAUGAAGACACCCUAAAAAGGUGGUAUCCUGCUGGCAAACUAUAGUCUGGAUGCAGGGGAGGUUUAAUAGCAUUGGCCAAUGAGGUAUGAUCAUGGGGUGCAGGGGGACUGGUCUCAUAAUCUGGUUCCACUAAGAGAGUAAUGUGAGUUGGACCAAACUGUGCUACAUUAGUGCCAUUUUAGUCAGCCAGAUGGGCAGGGAUUGGGUUAGUACAGUCUAGUUUGCUCACAUUGUUAUGGGCACUUGAUCUCCCCUUAAUUCCCUCCCCCAAAGAAGCAGUGCUCACUGCACUGCAGAUAACAACAUGAGUUGCCUUUCACUCCUACAACGCCAUAACUCUUGAUCCAAGGAUCCCACUGCUCUGAUUGUGUCACUGCCUCAUUUUCCCUCCAAGCUCACAAACAGUCUGACCAUGACGUGCAUUUGACAGGGUUUCUUUUUUAACCGAGAACCCAAAUUUCUGGACAUUGUUCCAACUGGAAGGCAACAAAACCCACUGGCACUAGAAAUUGUCAGUUUCACCAGUAACAAACUUUCCCUCUCUCUGAUGCACACCACCUAUAUUUUGUUUGUGUUUGGUUUUGUACAACUAAUGUUUGGGACUGAUUCUUGCCUCAUUUUUUUUUCUUUUUCUAUCUAUAAAUACUGUACAGUUGGAAUAUUAAUAUAUAACUCAGGCAGUAAAAGCUUGGUGCUGGGCGAUGAACACCAGAGCGACGUGUGUUUUGUAUUUAAGGGACUUCUUUUUUUGUAUCAGCUGUAGCCGCUGCAGAUUGUCUGACUCCGAAGGGGCUGUGGUUCCCCCUCUGUGUAAUAAUAAAGUACUA